AUGACUACCGCGAAACUUCCACCUGUUUAUGGUUAUCAGGCUGAAAAACUUGUUACAAUUGAAAAAGCACUUGAACCUAUUCAGCCUCAAACCGAUGAGCUGCCUCGUUUUAUAAGGAUAACUAAACGAAAUUGUCAUUUUCCGUUCGAACAUGGACUAACACAAGAUCAAUCAGCGAGGGCUGCGCGAUUACAAUUACAAAAUCAAUGUUUGAACUUUACAUUUUGUAAUUGUAAUCGCGCACGUCUGCAAUCAGCAGCUGUAUAUAUUUAUACAAUGGAAUGGGGUAACACUACUUUGUAUCGUGUAUUAAGUCGAGCAUUACGAUCUGAGAAUGGACAAGCAUUAAAGAUAUGGUUUCCAUAUUUGAAAUUAUUUGAUACAGCAUCGGAAAAACUACCGACUAUCAAAGAAGUAGUAUGGAGAGAUGUAUCGCUUGAUAUUGGCAAGAAUUGUACCAAAGGGCAAGUUGUGACGUGGUGGAGUGUUAACUCAUGCGCAUCAUCAGUGAAAGUUAUCAAAAAUUUUUUCCGCAAUGGAAAAACUUCAACUCUGUUUUUAAUUGAAGCUGUAAAUGGAAAAAAAAUUUCUGGAUAUACAGAAUAUGAAACAGAAGAUGAAAUUAUUUUAAGAAUGGGUACACAGUUUCGGGUGAUGAGUGACUCUUUAGAUCAGUCUAAUGGCUCACAUGUCGUACAUUUAAUUGAACUUGAUGAUAAUAAUGAUCAACCAUUAGCAUCAGCUAUGAAUGAAAUGCAUUUGGCUACAGCUACCAAACUAUCACAUUCAAGUACUUCUGGUAAGUUCGAUGAGGGUGUACAACAGAGAAUUCGAUGGAAACCAGAGGAAGUAUCAGCUGAAAUGCAACGAAAGAAUGAUUUGAAGGAUAAAUUCUAUUUCACACCAGCCGAGUUUUUAAAACCUGACCUGAUCAGAUCGUUUUUUUCACGUUUGAAGGCGAUACGUGAAAAGCAAACAGAAACAGUAGUUGUAGACGAAGUGGAGGAGGAAGAUGACGAUGAAUUUGACGAUAAUCAGGUGGUUGAAGAGUCUGAGCAAAGAAAUAAUUUAAGAAAUUCAAUGGGAAUUAGCAAUGAACAAUCAUCACCACCAGCUUCCUCUCGAAACCGAGCAGUGUCACCAGAUAAAAGAGUUGGAUGA